UUUUUUUUUCCUUGUUGUAUGACUUAUGGCAAAUAUUUAUGAUUAAAAAAAAAUUUUAUUUUUGUUUUUAAAAAAAGAGGAUAUUAUAAAUUUCAUUCUCAUCAUUUAAAUUCACUUUCAAUUCAACCAUGAAUAAUAUCGAACUUAUAGUUUUAAUGAUGGCGUGCCUAGCAAUGUACUCCACCUGUAGUACCCACCCUUGUGAUAGAGUUUGCGAUGAAAAAGAUCUGAGCAAAAUAUGCAAUUACGAUUUCACGGUCACCAUGUCCCAAACUAUGUUUAAGAAGCGUGGUUGCGGAGGAUGCCCUGAAAAUAUGACCGAUUGUUAUGACCCCAAAUGCAUAACAGGGGAUGGUCACGAAAGACCCGUUUAUUUGGUUAACGGAAUUUUUCCUGGACCUUCCAUAACGGUGUGUGAAGGUGACCAGAUAGUAGUAAAUGUUACGAAUGAUAUGAUAAGCGCCGAAUCACUAACAUUGCACUGGCACGGGAUAUAUCACAACGGCACCCCCUUUAUGGAUGGGACCCCCAUGAUAACGCAAUGUCCGAUACCCGUAGGAACGACAUUUCAAUACAGAUUCAUGGCUGAACCAGCUGGAACCAAAUUCUGGCACGCCCAUACAUCCUUCCAUCGAGCCGAUGGAAUAGUUGGCCCGCUCAUUAUUAGGCACAAAGUCAAGAAGGCCACCGCUAAAGACGAUUCCUAUCUUAAAUCUAAUCGGAUUCCAUAUUAUAAAAAUUACGUCAAUAAAAGAUCUGUCAGGGAAAUGACUUCCAACAAUAGGGUUCACAAGAAACGUCUAUCAACCCAUUCCCUCGCAGAUCCAUACGAUUUUUUCGGUAACUUAAAUCGCGAUAGGAACAACGUGCUCAUAGUGCAAGAGUGGAAGCACCAACCUUCACCCAUCCACUACAUAAAUGAUAACGAGGAGGCUCCUACCAUCUUGGUCAAUGGUAAGCAAGGUUUACGAUCCGAUUCACCGCCCGCAUUCAUACCGCUAAACAUGGCGGAGAAAAACCUUAGAGAUCCCUUUGUGAGGAUAAUUAGCAACGGUUUUCUCUUUUGCCCCAUUCAAACAUACGUCGAGGGAUACGAAUUUCGAAUAUUGUCCGCUGACGGAUUGAUUUUGGAUAGACCAAUGAUAGCGGAUGUUCUCACGAUAUUUCCGGGGGAAAGAUACGACGUGGAACUUGUUCGAAAACCCAAUUCGACCUCGUCUUCCAUGUACUCUCGCAGACUAAAAUCUAAACUUAACAAGAAAUCGCCUAUAAUGAGGGCGGAUGCUAUGCAUUGGAUUGGAAUGGGAGAUUGCGAGCACGAAGAUUUCAACGCCAACGCUACCUCUUACAUAAUCCAUUACAGCAAGAGGGAUAACGUGACCAAUGAACCUGUAGGCUUAACGAUAGAAGAUAUAGUUCCAGCGAUGCAGCUCUUGAUAAAUAUCGAUUUUAAAAAAUCCCAUUGGACCUCAAUGUUAAAGACCGCCAGGAUAUUCAACCCUGUACAUAAAGAAGAUUUCACGAUCAACAACGACCAUCUUCGAAUCACCAAUUUAAAACCUUCUAGAAAUUUAGCUAAAGCUAUUCAGCGGGUGGAUCACAAAAUAUUCUUGUUCACCGAUAGUUACUUGAUUGAUGAAGAUAUCCCAAUGUUCAACAACAUAUCGUUUCGACAUCCCUCGGCACCUCUACUUUCCCAAUAUUACGACGUGCCGGACAGGGAAUUAUGUAAUAUAAACACCCAUCCGCAAUGCGCCAGCGAAUUUUGUUCCUGCACUCAUAUGUACGAAAUAGAGCUAGGAGCCGUAGUUGAAGUCAUUGUAAUCGAUGAAGGCUUAAACGGGGAAUACGAUAUCCAUUCCAUCCAUCUUCACGGAUAUUCUUUCGCAGUAUUGGCACAAGAAAAGAUAGGAAACAAUGUGUCAGUUCAUCAAAUAAAAGAAAUGGAUAGUCAAGGACGUUUAACCAGAAAUUUAGCGGAUCCUAUCAUUAAAGAUUCUGUGGCCAUCCCCGAAGGGGGCUACGUAAUAAUUCGGUUCAUCGCGGAUAAUCCAGGCUUCUGGAUGCUGCAUUGUCACCUAGAUUUUCACUUCCUAAAAGGCAUGGCCCUCAUCUUCAAAGUGGGAGAUGUCAAGGAGAUGCCAGAAAUUCCUCCCAAAUUUCCGCACUGCGGUUCUUGGUUCACCGAUCCCAUCAACACCAGUCCCAAUAGAUGGAAAAUUUUUAAACCGUAGUGAAAUAUAACUUUACUUUUCUAUCAAAACUUCAAAAUACUUUUCUUUUUUAAAAAAUAAAUAAAUAAGAUCUUAUGAUUUAGGUUCUAUUCAUAGUGGAAUCCGAUCCUACCCGAUUUAACAGCUGAGCGAUUCAAAAAAAAUCUUUUAGCGCGAUAAAUUUUUUGUUUUUUAAAAAAUAUCAUUAUCCUAAUAUUUAAUAAAGAUAAAAUUGAUCUCAUAAACAUAUGUUAAAAAAUAAAAUCGAUCAGCUGUUAAAUCUUGUCCGAUUGGUUCCCACUAUGAAUCCCGCCUUAAACGUAAAUCCAAAUUCCUCAAUAUUUACACUAUUACAAAUAUAUAAAAAAAAUAUCGAAUUUCGCGUGAUUUAUAUUUUUUUUCCUACCCUUCAAAAUUACAUACACAAAAACAUAUUAUUAGCAUUUUUUUUUUAUUGUAUUCUGAAAAAAAAAAUCAGACCAAAAUGAAGUUUAAAAAAAAUAUAUAUUUCACAUAAAUAAAUUGUUUUUC